AUGAUAAGCUUAGAUAUCGAAAACCUUAAUGACAUUAAUUUAAUUUUAGAAAGAUUAGAUGCCCAUGAUAGGUUUAUCGAAGCUACAAUUGAACUUUUUGAAACAGACAAGUAUAAUAACAACAAUUGUAAUAGUGAACAUUGUAAUAGUGAACAUUGUAAUAGUGAACAUUGUAAUAGCGAACAUUACAAUAGCGAACAUUACAAUAGCGAACAGUGUGAUAUUAAGAAUAAAAAAACAAUUCAAGAUAUAUUAAAUAAUAAAGAAAAAACAUAUAUUUUGUCAAAUAUAAUAAAUAUAUUAAAUUAUGUUUUCCCAGAUUAUGAAUUUAAAUAUUUAAACAACUCAAAUUACAAACCUAUAAAAAAUUUACACAAUGUUAUAGACAAUAUUAAUUAUAAUUUAUUUUAUUUAGUUGAAAAUAUAUAUCGAGGAUUUAAUAAAAAAGUAUGGAAAAUAUUAAAAGAAUUAAUUGAUUUUAAAUCUUGUGAUAUAUAUACAUAUUUAAAUAAUACUGAUAAAGACCCAUAUAUAGAUAAACAAAGUAUUUCAAGUUUUAAUUAUUUUUUUUUUGCAAAAAAAACUAAAAGGAUAUUAUUUAUAUCUUGUAUAACUAAGCCAAAAUAUAAAAAUCAAAACGAUGAAGAUUUUAAUAAUAUAUAUAUGACAAUUCAAGACGAACCUUCUAUUAACCCUCAAAAUGAUUAUGACGAAAAUUAUUCAUCUAGUUCAUAA